CUUAUAUUUAGAAACGGAGGAAAUACUCCAUCUGUAAACUAAUAUAAGAGUGUUUAUAGAUUACUAAAGAGUACGCCAUUUAAUUGUGACUGCCUAUCCACCUGGCCGCAACUUGGCCGUUGUGUAGUUAAAAACUCAUUCGCCGGUCUCGGUCCCCAUAAAAUACUAGCUAGACUACAACGACUUGGUGACGUGCUAUGCCAUACUACAAUAUGAAGAAACAUAAUCAAGAGAUGACCAUGUUACUAGUUGGUCAGUCAAGAAAAAGAAACUACAGUAUUAGGUACACUCAUCCGCUUAUGAAAACGGUACUCCCUCCGUUCAUUUUUGUAAGACGUUUUAAAAUGUCUUAUAGAAGUGAACAGAGAAAGGACCAGACGACUAGACAAAGUGAGGGCCGGACGGAAUAGUAGAUAGAUACAGGUGCUUCGAUCCACCAGCCAGUAGCAAACUUACCUAGUGCGCGUGUGUAACGGAGGAGAGAUCCAAGGGAGAAAUAAUGGGUGUCUCGGGCGCUGUGGUAUGGUGGGAGGAGUGGCAGCUGCGCGUCCUCGUCCUUUGUAGCCUGCUGAUUCAGUACUUCCUCCUCGCUGCUACGGUCGCGCGUAAGUUCCCCAUCAGAUCCUACUUUAGACCCUUCAUCUGGCUAGCGUAUCUGGGUAGCGAUGCGGUUGCAAUCUAUGCGCUCGCCGUCCUCUUCAACCGCCACAGGAAGCCGCAGCAGCCGGAGGAGGAUGGAGAGGGCGGCGGCAGCAGGCUCCUGGAGGUGUUGUGGGCGCCUAUCCUCCUGAUGCACCUCGGUGGGCAGGACGGCAUAACCGCCUACAACAUCGAGGACAACGAGUUGUGGACGCGGCACAUCCUCACCUCGGUGUCUCAGGUCGUCGUCGCCGUUUACGUCUUCUGGAAAUCAUGGUCAGGCAGCGACAUGAGGCUGCUGCAGGCGGCAACAUUGCUCUUUAUUCUUGGUAUCCUUAGAUGCUUUGAGAAGCCCUUUGCUCUCAAUAGAGCCAGUAUUAACAGCCUUGUCAGCUCCGGCGAGCCUGUUUGGAGGUCAAUCAACACACACAAGCUCAAGAUUGAUCCACUUGAAGAUUUCAUUGACAAAGCAACCAAUCCUGCUGAGGAGAACAUCUACCUUUUAGCACCAUCCAUGCCCGCUGAUUUCACUCCGCACAAGCUAUUUGUGGACCUCGCAUCUCCUUCUGCUAAUGAUCGGAUCAGGGUGCUACUGUCCUUCUCAGCACUUGAUGACAACCAUGCGUACUGUACGCUGCAGAAUUGGAUCUCUCAUACCUUUCGGCACCUCUAUACCAAACAAAACUGGUUCUUGACCGCGUCUGGCCGUGCAGGCACCAAUAAGCGUGACCGUGAAGGCAACUCAGUGGGAUUCUAUGUUGUUGGUACUCGUGUACUUGCUGUAUUCCUUCCUUUCACAGCCGUAGCCCUCUUCCAACAUAGUCAUAGAGAAAUUUACAGCGAACAAGAUGUCAAGGUUACGUAUGUCUUGCUCUGUUGUACUGCUGUACUGGAGAUUUGUGCCUUUGGUACAAGGUUCGAAAUAACAUUCAUAGAAGUGUCUUCGGAGCCAUGGGACGACACAAGCGACAUAGAAACGCCGGAGCCAUCGGAGAACAUAAGCCACAUAGAAACGCCGGAGCCAACAGAAUUGAAGCCUAAAUACGAUGAUAUGGUUUCCCAGCACAGCCUUAUAGGACUCCUUGUCCGUAACAGAAAGCACUCCAAGAUGAUGAGCAUAGUGGGAUUCCUGCGAUGCAACAACGUCCUUCAUCAACAUUGGCACAUGAAUUCUUGCUCCUCAUCCUUUAGCAUUACAAAGUUAGUACUCCAGUAUGUGAAAAGUGGGUGGAAGCACCACAUAAAAGAUGUUCCCAGUUACAGGAAAUUCAAUGAUAACAGGGGCCAGUUCACUAUUCAGCAACAAGGAUGCUACCAGGAACUGGGAUGGAGCUUAGAGGGGGCAUUCGACGAGAGUGUUCUUCUCUGGCAUCUCGCCACGGAUUUCUGCUACUACGAUAGUCUUCCAUCUCACCAUGGAUCUUGGUGCACAAAAGAUUUCUGUCAUGUUUAUGGAUGCCCUGCUUGGUGUGAAGGAUCUGAUCACCACAAGAGGGCUGUACAAUGCAGAGAAAUGUCCAACUAUAUGAUGUACCUACUGUUUGUGAAUCCUGAGAUGCUAAUGGCCGGCACCAGACGUAAUCUUUUUACAGUCGCAUAUGAUGAACUCAAAAGCAUCGACAUCCAGCAAUCAGUAGAGGAAAGAGAGCUUACAUCAGUGAUGCGAAGAGAACUCAUCCGUAACAAAGAACGAAGCAUCACCCGCAAGGAAGACGAGCAACCUGAGAACGGCAUCCGUGAAAAAGUAGGGGGCACUAUCAGCCAGCUUGAGGGAGACAAGCAAACUCAGAAGGAAAGAGAACUUUCUCAGAGGAUAAUUAUUGCGCUGGAUGGUAGAGGAUCUCCACCUACAGAUGGUACCCAACAGAAAACGGGAAUCAUAAACGAUGCUUGGACUAUUGCCAAAGUGUUGUCGGGUCUACCUGAAGAGAAGAUGUGGACUAUGAUCGAAGGCGUCUGGGUGGAGAUGAUGUGCUUCUCUGCUGCAAGAUGCAGAGGGUACUUGCACGCCAAGGGCUUGGCCACGGGCGUGGAGUAUCUCACCUAUGUUUGGCUCCUACAGUACUACAUGGGGAUGGAGACUCUGGCCGAUAAACUGCAGAGGGCGGAUCAUCAUCAUCAUGCUCCUUCAACUUCUGGUGUCAGCAAGGAGGCCACUCAACAAGAGCAGGCUGCUAGUCCAUCAAGAUCAAGUGGCAGCGCCAGUCAGUCAGCCGGGCACCAGGGAAGUGAUGCCACUGCCACUGCACAAGAAAUUGGGGAAGAAAUGGUCUGACUUGCAAUGAUAUCUCCAGAUGCCAAUCUUCUGAAUUGCUUUGCUUGCUUUUAUGUGUACCGAUACCUCUUUUUUUCCUGUUGUUUAACGGUGCUAUACAUGUUUGUUGGUGCCAUUUGUGCUCUCUAUGAACUGUACCUCUGAAAAAAUCGAGGACCAGGAGAUUUUGCAGCAUGUAUGCAAGUACCUGAAGCUUCUCAUUUGUGUGGUCCAGUGCUCCUCUGUUUAAUCACCAAAAAGUUGAAGCUGAACAUUUCCUAGACAAGCUGAUUUAUGCAAUAUACUGCUAGAAAGCCAGUACUUCCAUCAGCAAGGAGGUUUUCUUACGGGUUCCCAUGAGAGUCGCUCAGUUAGUCUGCACAUUGGGCAAAAGAUAAUGGGUAAAUUUGAUAAAUAUCACUACAAAGUUUUCAGUUUUGAAAAAUAACAUUACUAUUCUUAGCUGGGUGCUAGACUGUUGAGAGUCUUUCUCUGUAGCAGGUGGCUGAUCAUUUUGCUCACAUUGGUUGCACCAGAAUUUCUUUCAUCCCCACUGCCCACCGAUUAAACAUAUGCAGUGGGAGCAUGAAAGAUAGCACCAAUCUCUUGUGCAAUCUAUGUGAUUCAAGGUGGCUCUGCACAAAUAUCUAGUGUUCUGCAAGUAAAGCUAGGUACAUUAGUAAAUGGAACAGAUAAGAUUUGCACAUCAAAAGAGCAGCAGCAACUUAAAUUACUUGUAAUUCCAGUUUAUUAAUGCUCUUUAGUUAUUCGAUUGUUUGAAAAGUCUCCAUCAAAUCCUGAGCUAUGCUAGUUGAAUCUAGUGUAUAAGGUUUUCUUCAGAGUUUUCUUGGAAAGCAGUUGGGGUUGGAUUGCACAGCCUGCAUAGAGAAAAGUUAGCAUGAACUGAUAUAAGCUUGGAUCAAUAUACAAUAUGAACCAUGGUAUCCCCUCAGUUCUCACUUUGCAUGGUAUUCUUGCACCUCUGGUAGUAUUUGUCCAGGUCCAGGUGGUACUUUUAAUGCAGUGAAGAGCAAACUAUAAAC